GCGCUCCAUUCCUCUCCCUCCCCGAUAGGACCACCAGAGGAGAUGGAGCUAUGGUGCUGAGAACACAACAACGAAAGAAAAAAAGAGGACAGUGACAUAAUAACUGGGAGAAAUAGAAUAUAAGAGGAGAUAGAGUGAAGAGGGGAAUCUGGGGCAGAAACACAUUAGUUAUACACAUUAAUAUCGGCAGGCUGGAUCAAGAGAACGUGAAAAAGGUUUGGAGAAAAAUACAAAAGAAGAAGCCAGAGAGCGGAGCGAGGUGAAGGAUGACAGAGCAGCUUGCCCCGUCCUGAGAUCACCUCCUCCUCCCUCUCCUCACCCCUCCUCUGACGCCAUCACCCCCCUUCCCCCCAUCACUUUCCUCCCUCACCCUCUCCUCCCUCUCCCUCUCUGUGGUUAAACUAGACUUGAUGACCAGUCCUGACCAGAUUCUACUCCCAUCGCAACCCUCUGGAAUCUCUCUCAGCGUUCUGACUCUGGCAGUCUAUUGACCACGUUUAGAUAUUCUCUCCAGGAGAAGACAGGAAGGAAUUAGAAGAAAGGGGAAGUUUGUGUUUUUCUGGACAACUAACGAGUCUCUGCCAUCUCUUUUCUGUAAGGACUGACCUUUCCUUUCAGAAGGAAGGACCUACGACAUCCAGAAGACAUUUUCAGAACAAAAAAACACUUUAACACGGAAAGAAGACAUUUUAACGAGGAGGACAUUUUAAUGAGGAGGACAUUUUAACGAGGAGGACAUUUUAACGAGGAGGACAUUUUAACGAGGAGGACAUUUUAACACCAACAGAGCAUUUCAACAAAAGAUCAAGACAUUUUUUAAGAUUCUCACGGACCGUCUCUGUUAAUUUUUUUGUAACUCUCUGUUCAUUCACUUCUGUUGGACUCUCUGUCCUGUACAUUUCUCUGAGAGUGUCAGUCGGUCCAUCCAGCCCAGCAAUGCAGGUGUCUAUAGCAUGUACGGACCCCCACAUGAAACGUGGAAAUGGGGACCACAAGAAUACCUCCAGCCCGGGCAAUGCAGCCCGGGCCAAGUUCAGAACUGUGGCCAUCAUAGCACGCAGCUUUGGGGCGUUUGCACCCCGACACCACAUCUCCCUCAAAGAGUCCACGGGGAAACUGACUGGCAUGAAAUACAGGAACCUGGGGAAAUCAGGACUUAGAGUGUCGUGUUUGGGACUGGGUACCUGGGUAACGUUUGGUGGUCAGAUUACAGACGAGGUGGCUGAGCAACUGAUGACCAUGGCGUAUGAGAGUGGAGUCAACCUGUUUGACACAGCGGAGGUGUACGCUGCUGGAAAAGCUGAAGUCAUAUUGGGUAACAUCAUCAAGAAGAAGUGCUGGAGACGAUCAAGUCUGGUCAUCACUACCAAGCUGUACUGGGGAGGAAAAGCAGAGACUGAGAGAGGCCUUUCAAGGAAACACAUUAUUGAAGGUCUGAAGGGCUCCCUCCAGAGGUUGCAGCUGGAAUACGUAGACGUGGUCUUCGCAAACCGCCCCGACACCAACACACCCAUGGAGGAGAUUGUGAGAGCCAUGACUUAUGUGAUCAACCAGGGGAUGUCCAUGUACUGGGGGACUUCUCGAUGGACAGCCAUGGAGAUCAUGGAGGCGUACUCUGUGGCCAGACAGUUUAACCUGAUCCCUCCGGUGUGUGAGCAGGCUGAGUACCAUCUCUUCCAGAGGGAGAAGGUGGAGGUCCAGCUUCCAGAACUCUACCACAAGAUAGGUGUCGGGGCGAUGACGUGGUCUCCGCUGGCCUGUGGCAUCAUCACGGGGAAGUACCAGAACGGCAUCCCAGAAACCUCCAGGGCUUCCAUGAAGUCGUACCAGUGGUUAAAGGAGAAGAUAGUGAGUGAGGAUGGGAGGAAACAGCAAGCGAAGCUGAAGGAGCUGGGACACAUCGCUGAGAAGCUGGGCUGUACUCUCCCACAGCUGGCCGUGGCCUGGUGUUUGAGGAACGAAGGGGUGAGCUCAGUCCUCCUGGGAUCCUCCAGUCCAGAGCAGCUAACAGAGAACCUGGGUUCCAUACAGUUCCUUCCAAAAAUGACGUCUCAUGUGGUGUCGGACAUCGAUCACAUACUGGGGAACAAGCCGUACAGUAAGAAGGAGUAUCGCUCCUAGACACCCAGGAGGAAGCAGAACCACUACUGUACAACCACUGUGGAUCCAGUUCCACCAACCAUCUGGGCUCAGCCUCCAUGGGGUUUCAGCUCAGUCUAAUCCCAGCCUAGUUCAGGCCUGCUCUGCUCAGCCCCAGCUUUCUUAGCCCAGUGUAACCAAGCUUAGUUCAGCCUAACCAAGCUCACCCUCUGCCUAGGCCAGCUUUCAGCCCAGCUUUCAGCUCAGCUUACUCUUAUCAGUAGAUUCUCUGACUCCUGAGUUUAUUAACCAUGUAGAUGCAUGCUUCCCCUCUCUGGUGUGCCUGGACUUUCUCUUCAUAAGCACAUUAUACAAAACAACACAGAAGGGGGUUAAUACUAUAAAUAUAUCGUAAGCUUCUUCUACAAUUCAUUUUGAAAACAAACUCCUCUCUCCAGCCAGUCUACUGUAUUUGACACUUGUUUGACCUUUGCAAAGCAGAGCACCCUGGGACAUUAAGUUUCAGUGACAGGGGUUUGUUGUCUGCGAGGGGUAGACUGUGCAUGUUGUCGCCCCCCUCUGGUCGUAUAAGGUACUGCUAUGGAGUAUCUUUAAUAGAUUCUCUGCGAGAGAGAUAUGGAAAAUCUCAAUUGCAUUUCCUUGGGAGAAUCUCAAUCGCACACUCCUCGUGUCCUCUCUCCUCGCGUCCUCUCUCCUCGCCUCUUUCGCAAAACCCGUUGGUGGAGAAGAUCAGAGGGGAGGGACCUCUGGGUUUCUCAUCCAAUUGGUUUUGAGGAGGAGGAGAGAGGAUGCGAGGAGUCAAGGAAAGGCAACAGAGACUGGUCUCACAGGUGGUCUCCUGUGCUGUACUGGGUACUGUCUGUUUGCAGCCAUAGAGGAUACUCCUGCCUCUGAAUUGAACCUGCAUCGUUGAUUGCUGAUGUGAAUCAGGGAUAGCACAAGCAACUCUGUGACACGACCUCCCACCAGACCAAUGUUACCCGCUGGCGUUGCUUGUUUCAGUGAUAAUGCGAAAGUUAGGUGAAGUAUUUAGAGAAAUUAUAAAGGUAUAUAUUUAUUCUAUAAUAGUAUGUGAAAAUAAAUUUCUUCUGCGUGUUUUAAAUGUUUUGUCUUUCAAGGGUGUCUCUAUUUUAAACUUCACGGGGAAAACCUUGUAACAUAAACAGAACCAACCUCAAGCCCCCUUUUCAUGCAGAUUCAAAUAAAGCAUUCUCUAAAUAAUCUGUAAGUAUUGUGUAAAUAGUGUUCCACUGUUUCUCCUCUGUCAGCAGAACCAUACAUUCAUGGUCGUUUGGGCCUGAUACCAGUCCUCCUCCGCUCCUGGGUUUUACCCAUUUAGCUUAGGCUACUUUUCUUUCAAAUAGACACAAGGUGGAUUUAACAUUUUAUAAAUAACUCAUUAUGGGAUGAAUGAACAAUGACUUGCUUCGAUGGCUUGCUUGGCAGAUGGUUAAGUCCUACCACAGGAGCUGGUUAAGUCCUACCACAGGAGCUGGCUGGCACCUCGCUGGGGCACCUCGCUAGGGCAGCAAGUAGCCUAGUGGUUAGAGUAUCGGGCCAGUAACUGAAAGGAUGCUGGUUCAAAUACCCAAGCCGUCAAGGUGAAACAUCUGUCAAUGUGCUCUUGAGCAAGGCACUUAACCUUAAUUUGCUGGGGGGGGGGGCUCAUAAUAAUGGCUGGAAUGGUAUUGAACUCCAUGUGUUUGAUUUCACUCUUUUCCAGACAUUAUUAUAAGCCUUCCUCCCCUCAGCAGCCUCCUGUCACACCAUCCUACAGAUUGUGUUUAACCUGUUCAUCAAUAUUUAGUGUGAAGUUCAUGAUAACGUCCAGCCUUCUCGCUUACAGAUGGUUGCUGUAUGUGAUGGUUUGCUUACACUUACUGGAAUCAAUCCGUAUCGCAGAUCUGUUAUAGCUCAAUUUAAAUGCAACGUUACUGCAUUCAUGGUAACCGCUGCAUGUUGGAGCAAUCUGAAUUUACCUUUUUAGACUGCUCUUCCCCGAUAAGGAUCGAAUCCAGCACUAACAGAGAUCAAUAGUUAAUGAUAGCUAUAUUUCAAUCGGAUGACUCUCCUAUACCUACAGUUGGAUGGUGGCCAGUGAUCAGAUUGGGACCAGCCUUUUCAGUGUGCAGUGAUGCAGAGUGCCUUGAUAUGAGCCCUGCUAACCGAACACAGGUGCCCAGCCCCAAAUUAACCCCGUCACCCUCAUCCAUUUAAUGAAAGUAUUGGAAUAGGUAUAGACAACGUUAUAAUAGCUCAGAUCUACUCAAGCGCACAGAGUAAAAGGCAAGAGUGGGUUUGAGAUUUGGGUUUCCUGAGUGUGGCAAUGGGUCUGGUCCCAUUCCCUUGACCCUAUCACCUAGCUCUGAAAGGUCGGUGUGAUCUCUGAACAUAAAGGGCAAGAAGCUAGUGGAUCAAAUGGAACGAGGCCGCCAGGAAUGCCACAUGAACUCCCCCAGUUCUACUGACAAUAUACACUGUGUUAUACAGUAUUUAAGUUACCAGGCCGUUAUAAGUGUUUUCUACAGUACGUAAUGUUAUCAGGAGAGAAUUUACCAACUAUAUUACUGACAAACAGUGUCUCUCUAUCCAGAUUCAUGUUAUUUCCUAUCCUGUCAUGAGAACAGUGACCUCUGUAUAUUUCCUAUAUCAAUUAGUAUGACACUUCCAUUAAUAAAUGUAUAAUGCCAAUGAUGAAUUCUAUGGGUGUUUCAUUCUUGGAAAUGGAAAUAAAUGGUUUGAAAUUU